UCUCUUCUGGUCGAAUGGCGGGAGAACACUAUUAAAGAAUAGAGGCAGGUUAGUCCAGGUUUACUCACUGGUCACGCUAAGAAGAGGGUAAAAGAAGAGCUUGAAUCUCAUUACUAAACAUGGAAGAUGCAAUCACUCUCAUGGACGUCGACGACGAUACCAAGGGAAAAAAUGUCGUCGUCGAGUCCACACCUGACACCAAAGCAACGCCCUGGGUCGAGAAAUACCGACCUCAUUCCCUGGCCGAUGUUGCAGCUCAUCGCGACAUUGUCGACACCAUUGAUAGGCUUACUAAUGAAAACAAAUUGCCUCAUUUAUUGCUUUAUGGACCUCCUGGAACGGGUAAAACGUCCACUAUAUUGGCUGUGGCGCGCAAGCUGUAUGGCUCUCAAAUGAGCAACAUGGUUCUCGAGCUUAAUGCUUCAGAUGAGAGAGGAAUCGACAUUGUCAGACAACAGAUUCAGGAUUUUUCCAGCACUCGUAGCCUUACAUUUGGUGUUAAGUUACCAAUAAAGUUGGUUUUAUUAGAUGAAGCAGAUGCCAUGACCAAAGAUGCACAAUUCGCCUUGCGGCGUGUGAUAGAGAAAUACACAAAAAGCACAAGGUUUGCUCUCAUAUGUAAUCAUGUGAACAAGAUAAUUCCAGCAUUGCAGUCUAGAUGUACUCGAUUUCGCUUUGCUCCUCUUGAUGCUGUCCAUGUCAGAGAACGACUUAAACAUGUCAUUCAAGCUGAGAGGUUGGAUGUAACCGAGGAUGGAAUAACUGCACUUGUGAAGCUCAGCAAUGGUGAUAUGAGAAAGACUUUGAAUAUCUUGCAGUCUACACAUAUGGCUUAUGAGCAUUUAACUGAAGAAGCUAUCUACUUGUGUACUGGUAAUCCUUUGCCCAAAGAUGUUGAACAGAUAUCCUACUGGCUUCUUAACGAGUCUUUCUCCACCAGUUUCAAACGAAUAUCGGAUAUGAAAACAAGAAAAGGACUGGCUGUGGUGGAUAUCAUAAGAGAAGUAACCAUGUUUGUGUUUAAGAUAAGCAUGCCACCGAACAUUCGAAUCCUUCUGAUCAAUGACUUGGCUGAUAUUGAGUAUAGAUUGACCUUCGGAUGCAAUGACAAGCUGCAACUUGGAUCAUUAAUUUCUACUUUUGCACGAGCCCGGGCUGCAUUGGUGGCAGCUGCAAAAUAAGAUUUACAUAUGCCAAUAACAAAGCGUUUGAGGUUCUAUGUUUAAUAUGCAAUGUCCUUUUUUCGAUUGUUCAUGCUUGAUUGCAUUUUCUUGCUGCAUCUUCUGAUAUUUUAAAGAACUGCUCUAGUGGAGAGUGUGGGUCAACUUAAAUAUUGGUAUUUUAAUCUUAGUUUUUUCUGUUUGAUCUUUGCUAAGUCUUACCCAGUUUGACAUUUAUGCAUAGAUGUCUGUUUGAUAUUUGUUAAGUCUUAACCAAUUUAGCAUUUAUGGUAUAUUUUGUGGUUC